AUGCGACUACUAGAAACACUCCCUAUAUUUUUUAUUUGCGCUAUUCGCACUACCAUAUCCACUGUGAAAUGUUACUGUACUGAUGAUCAUUGUGUACCGUAUGGAGCUUGCGAUGGUGCUGUAUGUUUGGUCGGGAUAUUACGCGAGAACAACCAGGUUAUACGAACGUGCGGAUCACGUCCGUUAGGAUGUCAUAGGGAUGAAGAUGAUCGUUGGACGGAUUUAUGCGCAUGCGAUCAACCGUUCUGUAACACGUUCUCAUAUCUUCGAUCUCAUACGAGUCAACGACGCGAAACACAUAGUCCAGAUGAUGUUCCAUUGGUCUUCGAACGUGUGGAUCGACCAGACGAUGGUAUGCCACCACCUGAACAACCUCCUGCCACUGCCAGUUCUCUUCUUACUGUUCUUCUUGUUGUUGUACCACUUACUGUUGGAGCAGCUACGGUUAUGGUAGUUGCUUUCAACUAUUAUUGUCAUCUAUGUUAA